UCGACAGACGCGAUAAUUUGCUUUCAAGAAUCGACUUUCAGGCACGUUCGUCAACACUGGCCUCGCCAAUGUUUCUACGUAACCUCUUUGGUUUCUACGUAUUUUUGUUUAAUAUCUAAUAGGAAAAGGAACGCAAUGGAAACCGUUCGACCAUGCGGCUGCAAAGGAAUACGCUCUUGCUUGAUUUGCGAGACCGAAUACGAGAUUUCUAAGCCGGAUCUGCAGAACGAGUUAGAGAAAAGCAAGAGUUACAUUUAUUGUCCAUAUUGUGACAAAUUAUCAUCUGGAUGGGAUAUAGACGAAUACAAGAAACAUCCUGAUCAUGGAGGAAACCUAAUUGAUUAUCCUGGUGUUUACAUCAAGCUAGAUUUUUUAAAGGAAGAUGAGGCUGAGGAGCUCAUGAAAGCGCUCGAUGAUCUUCCUUGGCAAGCAUCACAAAGUGGUAGAAAAAAACAGAAUUUUGGACCAAAAUGUAACUUCAAAAAGAGAAAAUUGCAAUUAGGAUCGUUUAAUGGUUUUCCCAAAACGACGCAAUUUGUACAAAAAAAAUUUGAGGAGAUACCGCUGUUACACGGCUUUAAAACUGUCGAGCAGUGUUCGCUUGAGUACGAUCCUGAACGAGGCGCCUCUAUUGAUCCCCAUGUGGACGAUUGCUGGAUUUGGGGAGAACGGAUAGUAACUGUUAACGUCCUUGGUGAUUCUGUUCUGACUAUGACUCCUUAUCGUGGUCCGAUAACGCGAUACAAUUUAGAUUAUGUCUCAAAUUAUGAUACCAUCUUAGAGGACAUGUGCGAUGAAACACGAUCUUCAAAUAUUGAUAAUAACGUGGUAAUACGAUUACCAAUGCCUGCUAGAUCACUCAUGGUUCUAUAUGGUCCAGCAAGAUAUAAAUGGGAGCAUUCUGUGCUUCGACAGGACGUUACAUCGAGACGCGUCUGUCUCGCCUAUCGCGAACUAACGCCUCCAUAUCUCGAAAAUGGACAACAUCAAAGGGAAGCUUCUGAGAUUUUGAGGCAAGCUUCACUCUUCUGGUGAUAUUAACAUGAAACAAUUUAAAUAUCGCAUUUAUUUAUAAAAAAGUGAUAAUCCUUAAGGAUACAUUUGACAUAAUAAAUGUAAAUACUAUUUUAAUAAGAAUAGAUUUUAUUUUUUUUUUCUUAAUAUACAGUGCAUUAAAAAUGUACAGCAAUAACAUCCUGUGCAACAGUCUGUAUAAUAUUUUAAAAUAUAAUGCUUCUCAUACAUA